AAAGCCAAUCUAUAAUUGCAUUGUUUGUAACGCUUUUACCGAUUAGAGAGGCUUUGUUUUUUUAAUAAAAAAAAAAAGUUGAAACAUGGGUAUGUGUGAAACAAAAUAUCCAGGUUUGACCCAAGAUGUCCUGGAGGACUAUGCUUCUUUGACUUAUUUGAAUAAAGGAGAGAUAUUACAUUUGAUGAAAAAGUUUUACUCAAUCGACCCAGGCAAAAUCGAGAAGGAUUACAAUCAUCGGUUUAAAAAGGAAGAUAUUAUUAAAAAGUUUCAUGUUUUAAAAAAUAACCCUUUCCAAGAUCGCCUCAUCCGCGUGUUUUCAUCUCAAAAGGACAACUGCUUCUCCUUCGAAGAUCUCUUGGACCUAUGUUCUGCUAUGAGCUCUGAAUGCCCGCCUGAAGUAAAAGCCGCAUGGGCUUUUCAAGUUUUUGACAUGGAUGAAGAUAACCAGAUUUCAACUUCAGACAUUUGCGUUAUCCUGGAUCGCUUGACUUGGGACCCAAAUAACCGUACCAAUUUUUUGAAUAAAGAAUCUAAACUGAAGAUUGCUGAUGUGAUAUUAAAAGAAAUCAACUUGGACAAAAGCGGCAGUAUUGGCAUGAGCGAGUUUAAGCUGAUUUUGGCGAGGAUACCGGAGUUCGCGACGUCAUUUUACUUUCGACUGUAGGUAGUUUACGCCUACAUAUUUAUAAAAGUGUUCAUUUC